AUGGCGUCGUGCAUGCUUUUAGUGCUGCGCUUUGCGCGGCAGGGAGUGCGGCAUGUGCAGUAUACCCCAUUGCGAUAUCGCAGCACAGACUCACAUCUACGUUCCCGUCCGCCGCGACGCACGCGCUUUGUGGACAAAACGCCGCCGCCGCCGCCAGAGCUGCAUGGGCCGCCAAAGCCUACACCCACGUCACGGAUCCGCAAGAUGGUGUACACGGAAGCGCAUGCAUUGCCUACUAAUACCGCGUUUAUCGCGCGCCUCGGGGGAUUUGGCAUCGUCCCCAUGGUACUGCGCAUUGUCUUACAGCAACCGGGCCUAGUGUGCGACGAUUUGUCGGCCCUAUGGCGCGCCAUGCUGGAGAAAUGGUCGCUUGCUGUGCAAAAAGGCAGCCCGGAUGCGCUUGUAUUUGCGCCGUGGUCUACGAUAGCCGCGGAUUUCGACGGCGCUGGGAAGAGUGCGAUACAGCGUGCGUGCAUGCAAACGUUCCUGCUGUGGACAACGACCAUGCUUCGGCGCGCAUCUGCGCGGCGCGGCACACACGCCGUGGUAGCGCUGCAAUCGGCGCUACGCCAGCUCGAGCUCUUGCGUUCCAUGGCUGAUAUGCGCGUUCCUGAGCAUGCAUACAUGCCUGCACGCACCUUGACGCGCCAAAUUCACAUGCAUGUGGGGCCCACCAACUCUGGAAAAACGCACGGCGCGCUGGUGGCACUUUCGCGCGCAAGAACGGGCCUGUAUGCGGGGCCGCUGCGAUUGUUGGCGCACGAAGUGUGGGAGCGGCUCAAUGAAGGCACCAUUGCGCCGGAAAUUCCGCCGCGUGCGUGCAACUUGCGCACCGGCGAGGAACAGCGCAUCGUCGACCCGCUGGCCGGGCUCGUGUCGUGCACGGUAGAAAUGACCGAUCCCAACGGGUCCUACGAUGUCGCAGUCAUUGACGAGAUCCAAAUGCUCGCGGACUUGCAGCGCGGGCCUGCGUGGACACAGGCGGUGCUUGGGCUGCCUGCAAAGGAGCUGCAUCUGUGCGGCGAAGCGAGCGCCGUACCACUUGCACGGCGCUUGGCAGAUCUGUGCGGGGAUGUGUUGCAUGUCCAUACCUACGAGCGCCUCACGCCGCUGUCUGUCGCGCCCACAAGCUUGGAGGGUAAUCUCGCGCAGAUCCAGCGCGGCGACUGCAUCGUCGCAUUCAGCCGCAACGCCAUUUUUCAGCUCAAACGCCAGAUUGAGACGCAGACGUCGCUGCAGUGUGCCGUUGCGUAUGGCAACUUGCCGCCAGAGACCAAGAGCGAGCAGGCAAAACUGUUCAACGCUGGAAAACUAGACGUGAUGGUCGCGAGCGACGCCAUCGGAAUGGGACUGAAUUUAAAAAUCAAGCGCGUCAUUUUCGACGCGCUCGCCAAAUGGAAUGGAGCCGAGAUGGUCUCGCUGUCUGUAUCGCAAAUAAAACAGAUUGCAGGGCGUGCAGGGCGGUAUGGGACGUUGCGCGAUGCUCAGGGAGGACUUGUAUUGACGCGAUACGCACGCGACAUGCCGCUCCUGCGCGCUGCGCUCGACGCGCCGACACUGCCGCUGGUGCGUGCAGCGCUGCAGCCGCCCAGUGGCAUGCUCGAAUCCCUCGCGCUCUUGCUGCCUUUCUCUGGAAAUGGAGGUGCGGACCGCAGCGCACGCUCGCUCUCGGAACUGUACCAAGACAUGACACUCCUCGCCCAAAUCGAGCCCGGCACGUUUGCCUUCGCCAACUUUGACGCGCAGAGUGCCUUGGCACCUAUUCUGGAGCUGCGGGGUAGGAAUAUGCUGACACACGCCGAGAAAGAGCGGUGGGCAAAUGCGCCGGUGAACUUGCGCGACGAGCGCGCCGUCGCCUGGUUUGGCAAUGCGGUCGAGCUGUACGCACGCGGCGAGCUUAUCCCGUUUGAGCGAUGUGCACGCUUCCUCGGCACACUCGAGGCGGAGCAGCAAGUAACGGGAGCCAUGUGUGCAGCGCAGGCGCGGCGCGACGAGGCGCGGCGCGGCGGUGGGCAAGUGCUGCCGCUCGAAGCAUAUACCCACGCCAACGACGCGGAUAUUUUGACGGUGGAUACAUUGAUGUUGCUAGAAUCGCAUCAUCGCGCCUUGUCCUUGUACCUAUGGCUCUCCUUCCGCUUUCCACUUGCAUUCUGCUUCCGCGAAGACGUGGAAAAGCGCAAGGCGGGGACGGAAAAGGCGAUUGAGUUUUGCCUCGAUGCAAUUCGCAUCCAACGCGCGCGUCGCUUGACGAAAUUGGGGCGUGCGGACCAAGUGGGGGCGGCGCAGCGCGCAGUAUUGCAAGUAUAA